AUGAAUCCUCGCUCAGCUACUCUUCAUUUUGGCUCUCUUGCCGUGCAUGCUGGACAGGAUCCUGAUCCAUCUACCGGUGCUGUCAUUCCUCCACUGUCAUUGUCCACUACUUUUGCUCAAUCUGCCGCUGGCGUUCACAAGGGUUUUGAAUACUCCCGUGCAGGAAAUCCUACUCGUCAAAACUUUGAGCAUGCCGUUGCUGCACUUGAAGGUGCCAAACAUGGACUUGCAUUCGCUUCUGGAUCUGCUACCACUGCUACUAUUGCCGGCCUUGUCGGCUCUGGCUCCCAUAUUAUCAGUGUUAAUGAUGUUUAUGGCGGUACUUUCCGUUAUUUUACAAAGGUUGCCAGCACUAAUGGCAUCACAGCCGAUUUUAUCGACUUGAGCAAUCCCGAAAAUCUUCGUGCAGCCAUCAAGCCCAAUACCAAACUUGUUUGGAUUGAAACUCCUACCAAUCCUACACUGCGUUUGGUUGAUAUUGCUGCUGUUUCCAAGAUCACACGCUCUUUCCCCAAUGUCUUAUUGGUUGUUGACAACACUUUUAUGAGCUCGUAUUUCCAGCGUCCUAUUGAACAUGGUGCCGAUAUUGUUGUCCACUCGGUCACCAAGUACAUGAAUGGUCACUCGGAUGUUGUCAUGGGCGUUGCAGUUACAAACAACGAUGAGGUUUACGACCGCCUUAAAUUUCUUCAAAACUCGAUUGGUGCUAUUCCCAGUCCCUUUGAUUGUUUCCUCGCUAAUCGCGGACUCAAGACUCUUCAUCUGCGUAUGGAACGCCAUGCAUCCAAUGCGCUUGCUCUUGCCAAGCAUCUUGAAGCGUCUCCCUAUGUACAGGAAGCCAUCUACCCGGGACUGAAAAGCCAUCCCCAGCACGAUCUUGCUGUUCGUCAGCAGCAUGGUUAUGGCGGUAUGGUCAGUUUCCGUAUCAAGAAUGCUACCCUCGCUACUUCCAACGCGUUUCUUUCUAGCCUUGAAAUAUUUACUCUUGCCGAGUCUCUUGGUGGAAUCGAGUCACUUGCCGAACUCCCAUCUGUCAUGACUCACGCUUCGGUCACUGCUGAAAACCGUGCUAUGUUGGGUAUCACUGAUUCUCUGAUCCGUCUAUCUGUUGGAAUUGAAGACGAACGAGAUUUGAUUGCCGAUAUUGACCAAGCUCUCAAAAAGGCAUCUACUGUUGUCUAAAUACUACAUGAAUCAAAAUUACAUUGCGCUUUGCUAUUCACGCCGAAUACAACACUAAACAAGAGUCAAAGUAUAAUAAACAGUUAGUUUCAU